UUCGAUUCGAUCUGCGAAGUGCGAGCUUUGCAGUAGAACGCUCGUCGCUGCCCCAACUUCACUCGCAAUCCAACUGGGCAUGUUUCGUCUUCUCGCUGGUACCGCCGCCGUCACCGCUGUGGCUGCGACGGACGCCGUCUACCCCCCGCCCCAAGCCAAGGGCGGCUAUGGUGGAGGCAACACUGGGUACGCUCCCCAAGGCCAAGGCGGCUACGGCGGUGGCUACAACCCCCAAGCCAAAGGUGGCUAUGGUGGCGACAACUCUGGCUACGCCCCGAAAGCCAAGGGUGGCUAUGGUGAUGACAACGCUGGCUACGCCCCGAAAGGCAAGAGUGGCUACGGCGGUGACAACUACGCUCCGCAAGGCAAGGGCGGCUACGGCUACGGCCGCAAGGCGAUCACGUUUCCGCCGGCGUACGCGAUCAUUGACCCCAACUACUACAACUCGAUCUUCACGGGGUACCAAAACUGCGUCGCGACCAAGUGCGACGUGCUCCCGAGCGACUACAGCGCGACGGGCAUCAACGACUGCAUCUCGACGAUCGCGGGCUACACGUCGUGCGUCACGGCGUGCGCGGCCGGCCAAGCGCUCGAAACCGUCGAGGACUUUCGGACGCUGCUCGAGAGCGUGAUCGAGAUCGGGAACGACCAGCUGCGCCAGGCGCGCGUGUACCUCUCGGGCCUCGGCGACCUCGACGUGAUUGGCGAGCGCGUCCACAUUGGCGAGUCGUGCUGCCUCCCCAACAGCUACUUUGCGUCAUGGGAGCGCAUCAUGAUCCCUGUUGCGACAAAACUCAAGAAGGCGGACGCGGAUCAAGGCAACUCGUACAAUCCUCGGUACCCCGCACCACCCGUCGCCAACCCGGACGACGAGACCACGCCUUACAUGAUGUCGGCGGCCGACUACAUUAGCUUUUGCACGUCGGCGGAUUCUGGCACCAAGUUUGAAUGGCUCGACAAAAAAGUCAUCUGCGCCGACACGACCAAGGCCACUUACUUGCAGGCGCUACAACGCAACCUCGGGCAUCUGAUUCUGGCGCCGUCGUGCGUCACGGAUGCUCCCGAUGGCGCGUGCUGCGACGACGCCCACCCGAACCCGCGCGCGACACCCUUCCGCGGCGACGUCUGUGUUGCGACCACGUACGAAGCCAACGGCAAGACCAAGACGCUGACGACGCCACUCAUCAAGCCCACCGCUGUGUCGAAGAAGCAAGGCCGACGCUAUGACCCGUGCCCGUGCGACGAAAUUGACGAGGGUACUGGAGACAACAAGACGCCCAAGCGCAUCCGCUACGACUUUGUGAGCGGCCGUGACUUGCUCUACUACACGGUGACAGGUGGUUUGCCGUCCGACUAUGUAGAAGCUGGCGUAGAUGGGCCCUCGACGUGCACGUACAACGUCGGGCUGGCGACACCAACGAUCGACGGCUUUUUCAAGGACAUUGCGCCCAUCACGGUCCCCCUCUUUUUGGCCAGCGACGAGGGCGGCGAGGAGCUUGGUAUCUCCAUUACCGACGGCGCCAUUAAGGCUGUGCGCUACUGCCCGACGGACGGUCUCCUCGAGUACUGCAACGUCGAUCAGUACGCGUCGUUCCUCGAGUACCAGCUCUUUGACCACGCCAACUGCGACAUUGCCGACCUCCGCACGCAGCACACGGACUACUCGUCGUCGUACCAGACGAUCGCGUGCCUCUACAAGAUCUUCUCGCUCAAGUGCGACUGCAUGGAAGCUGUCCUCUCGUGCUACUCGGUCUCGUCGCACUACGCCUCGUCGCUCUCCAAAGUCAUUGGCCAAGCCGCCUCGAUCCUCUGCGGCUUUGUGCUCUGCCAGCGCCCGAACGUCUAUUCGCUCUUUGGCGACGAGUACGCGAUCGACCGCGCGUCGCUCAUGCGCCAGCUGCUCACGUCCGCCGGCAUCUUUAGCGCCGGCUCGCUCUCGCCCGCGGCCGCCGUUCUCCUCUCGUUUGGCCUUGGCAUGGUUGCGCUCGUCGUUGCCAAGAAGGUUGCGGCCGCCAAGAAGGCCAAGACCGUCGACAUUGAUGAAGGGUACCACACACUCCUAUAAAGAAGCAGCUUGCUAUCGCAAGAAAGGCGUAUCUUUCCGUAGUACUUUACGAAACUUGAUUGUCUAAACUAAAUGUGAUCCCUAUGAAUAAUACUCUCUA